AUGCGUACAUUAGGACCUGAUGGGAGGCCACAUACCCGCCGCCGCCGCGACGAAGCUGGUCCCUCAAACCCACCUCAAGAGCCAGCACAGCCACCACCGCAGCCAGUUGGAUAUCCUGGUGGACCAUCAGAUCUAUCUUUACUUGUUCGUUACCAAGACCAUGUUGCUCGCCGUUUAUGGUACGGACAUGAAAGAGGUCCUAAAAAGGAGCUUAAAGUCGCAGGACAUGGGACGAAGCUCCAGGAAAGAGUGCCUAUGAACCUCCCACCAGAGAUGGAGGCUAUUGUGAGUGAGUCAGGUCUGGCUUCUCUUCAGAGAACUAGCCUGACCAAGAUAGAUGUUAACCUCGUCUCAGCAUUUGUGGAGAGGUGGCAUGUUGAGACAUCGUCAUUUCACAUGCCAUUUGGUGAGAUGACGAUUACUUUGGAUGAUGUUGCCUGCCUGCUGCAUUUGCCUAUUGGGGGUAUGUUCUGGUAUCCUAAUGAGCACGUCACAGAGGAGGUGGCGGUUGAUCUUGGCUGCGAGUUAUUGGGAGUGGGUAGACGUGCCAUGGCUGAGCAUGUGCGUUCAUGCAGGGGAGCUUAUUACUCACUGCAGUGGUUGUACGACAGAUUUGUGGAGUACCGUGCUGCUGGUAGUUGGACCUUCGCGACCAGGGCAUAUUUGAUGAUGUUGGUAGGUUCUACCAUUUUUGCAGAUAAGACAUUUACUUUGGUUGAGGCCCGCUCGGUGGAUAUCCUACUCUGA